CCGUCAUCUUGUAUUUUGCAAGAUCAUUUCACGAGCAAUUACCGGCACCUCUAAAGCAAUCAUGUGAGUCCGAGUCGAUCAAUUGCAAGAUGGCAAAUAUUCCGUUGAUUGUUGUCAGAUUCAUGAUGCGGCUAAGUUUAUAUCACACUGCAACCAAGUCAAGUCCAUCAGAUUCAUUACUACGCAGCGAAGGCUGUGUUUCUUUUACAUGAAUUGCCAGUGUUUUACUGGUGCUAUAUCAAUCCGUACUGAUCUCCCAUGGAGGAGCUACAUUUCUCCAUUUUCUUCAGCCCUGGUGGAGGCAACUUUCGGCCGUCCCUCGUGUCCCAAACUAAUUAACGCUUUCGUAUAUAGGCACAAUGAAUAGCUUCAAACGAGCAAGCGAUUUCAAUGCAGAGCUAGUCAUCGGACCGAUCCAAGUCUGUGGAAUGUUGAGCGCUGCGUUAUUUGGCUGCCUUGGCUGCCAGUCCUACUUGUAUUUUGUCAGAUUCAGGGACGAUCAUCUCGCCCUGAAAGCAACUGUAUCUGCAGUCAUCUUGAUUCAGCUGGGCCACUUUGUUUGUAUAAUAUCGAUGUUGUGGACAAUGACUGUCAGCACCUAUGGUGACCCAUCUCAACUCGCGGUGCUUCCUAUAGCGACAGAUGUCGCCAUUCCAUUGAGCGGUUUCACAGUUGUCAUUGUACAGUCAUUCUACGCUUUUCGACUUUGGAAGUUGUCUAGAAAUGUCUUCUUGCUCAUUCUUUGCCAAAUUCUCUCAGUGAUUGCACAAACCUCCACAUGCGUUCUCGCAGCCAGGGCAAUUUCCAUGACGAACAUCGCAGAUUUUCAACAUAAUCAAUUGCUGCUGAUUGAGCUCACUUUCAUUGCACGUGCAACCUGUGACUUGAUUACCACCGCUGGAAUCGCCUGGGGUUUGAAAAAGAGACGAUAUCCUGAGAUUGAAGACACGGUUACGAUUAUCGACCAGUUAUUUAAAUGGACAAUCGAAACUGGUUUAGUCACUAGUUUGGUGGCCCUUACAUUGGCAACAUUGCUUCCAGCCCUGAAGCAGCCGAAUUAUUCGGGGAUCGGGUUAUGGUUGCUGUGGCCUAAUGUCGUAGGGAAUACCUUGUUGGCCUCAUUGAACCGUCGGUCGCUCCUUCGGGACAGGUUCUCAACAAGUGAUACUCAGAGCUGUUCAUGUACUUCGAGCACGAUUGUGUUCAACACCGGGGCUACGCAAUCACAAGCUGACCCACCAGAAAAGGAAUUUCAAGGACCGAUAUUUACAAGUACAAACGAAACUAUUUAUAUGUGCUGACUUUGGGGUAAAUUGCAGACGAGAUGAUGUGUCCUUGACAUUCUGUAGGUUGUUAUUAGACUUGUAUGUAUGUAUCAAGGUCCGUCAGUGACGAUAUCAAAUUCAGGAUGACAAUGUACCAGGCGUCCUGUGAGCUUGCUACUACGCAAUCCCAA